CCGGCCGGGUGUCAGGAAGCGGAAGGGAGUCCCGGGUUGCCAGACGGACUUUUCUAAACUCUUGCACAGGUAGAAGUCAACUGAAGUCCAAUUACUGUCAAUUUAAAAUUAUACCUGGCGAUAAAAGAUGGUGCGGGCAAGGACUUGGACCCUGAAGAAGCACUUUGAAGGAUUUCCCAAACAUAGUGAUUUUGAACUAAAAGAGGCUGAACUUCCACCACUAAAAGAUGGAGAGGUUCUGCUUGAAGCUGUCUUCUUCAGUAUUGAUCCAUACCUAAGACCAUACAGUAAGCUUCAAAUGAAGGAAGGGGACAAAGUGAUUGGAUCCCAAGUUUCCAAGGUUCUGGAAAGCAAGAACUCUGCAUUCCCAGUUGGGGCAUUUGUUGUCUCUCAUGCAGGCUGGACCACUCAUUACAUUUCUAAUGGUCAAGGCUUAUCUCUAAUGCCUCCUAAUUGGCCCAAUCACCUUUCCAGAUCCCUGGCCCUUGGGACAGUUGGCAUGCCUGGGAUUACGGCUUACUUCGGUCUGUCUGAGAUUUGCCAGCCAAAACCCGGAGAGGUCAUCAUAGUAAAUGCUGCAGCUGGUGCCGUGGGCACUGUCGUAGGGCAGCUCGGUAAACUAAAGGGUUGCAAAGUAGUUGGCUGUGCAGGGACUGACGAGAAAGUGGCCUUCCUCAAAGACCUGGGCUUUGACGAAGCCUUUAACUAUAAGAAGGUGGGCUCCCUGGCAGAGGCCCUGAAGAAGGCUUCCCCUGAAGGCUACGACUGCUAUUUCGAUCAUGUGGGAGGCGAGUUCUCCAGUAUUGUUAUGGAACAAAUGAAUAAAUUUGGGAGAAUUGCUGUGUGUGGUGCCAUCUCAUUGUACAACGACACAGUGCCUCAAAAAGGACCUUAUGUUCAGCUGCCCGUCCUCUUUAAAGAACUGCGCAUGGAAGGCUUCUUAAGCCCACGCUGGGAACCCAGGAAAGAGGAAGGGCUGGCCGCCUUGUUGAAGCUGGUUGCUGAGGGAAAACUUAAGUGUCCUGAACACGUCACUAAAGGAUUUGAAAACAUGCCAGCUGCGUUCAUUGGAGUGCUCAGAGGAGAAAACACUGGGAAAGCAGUAGUGAAAGCCUAAGAGAUUCCCUCCUUCAAGAAAUGCUGCACAAUAAAUGCUAAACAGCACCCUUUCUAAUUGAAGACUGUUUGUUUGUCAGGAACUCAUUCAUAAAUGUACAGCAGCUUAACUUUUUAAGCUAAAGCCUGAGCUCAACUUGAUUUUGGAAACAAGAGUGUCACAUGAACUACAAGGGCCAAACUACUGUAUAUGUCAUGGAAGCAGAGACAUGGGUAACUACCACAUAGUCACUAGUGCAUCUCAUCUGCAGAAGAGAGGUAUGCAGGCCAAAAUUAGAUUUUUCUCCUCCCCCACAGCCUCGCUCCCCCCCACCAGCCCCUUACUCACUUCCUACAUCCAAGUCCAUUUUUCCAAGAGAAAAACAGCUGUCUUUUGGGGGUUUAAAACAGCGAUGCUCAAAAUUCCAUCUUUCCAAUUUAUACUUCAUGUUGCAAGAUAAAUAUUGGGCCUCCCCCCUCCAUUCAUUCUUAAUAGCUUAUGCUUACUAAAAUAUUUUGAAAUGUACACUUUGUUAUGACUGACAUACCACAGAUCCUAUUGAGAAAUGUAAACAUUUUUCAAGACUAAAAUCAUUCUGGUUUUAUAAACAGUAUACAAUGAUACUCCUCAUUUAUCUAUGUACACCGUUAACAUGUUGCUUUUAAAAGGCCAGUGCAAGUCAGUUUAUUAUCUCAAAAUUGCAGCUGUGUUACUCUGUGCAAGAAUUUCAACAAGAAACAGAACAAAAGCAAAAAAAGUAAGUUGUGACACUUUCAGGACUGACAGCUGUAUUUUAAUGUAAGCUUUCGUGGAACAUCACCCCCCCUUCUUCAGAUGAGCUAGAAUACAGAGACAACAUGGUAAAAUAUCCUUGCAAGGCUCUAAGAUGAAAGGGCAAUGGUGUUUGGUUUUAUUUCACACCUAGUAAUGAUUUGUGACUAGUUUGGUAUUAGUUCUUUUGAAGCCUGGUUCUGUACAGGAACAUGUGGUAAUGUAGAGGAUGAUAGACUUUACCUUUGACCCUAAAAGAUGGGUCUGGUUAGUUGAGAAGAAAAAAAUAACAGUAGAUACCAACAUGAUUCUUACCUUUGAUAAUGACUCAAGAAACCUUGGCCAAUAUCUAAUCUAUUGAGAUAUAUAUAUCCAGCAUGUGCAUAUAUAUUUUAUCUCAGCUGUUUCCCUCUGGAUUUUUGUUCUGUAAUUUUCUUCACUAAAAUAGCAACUUUCAUAUCUUGUGAGUAGUGUCCUGGUAGACAGUUUCUGUGCAUUGUGAUUUCUGAUGUCAAUUAAUUGUUAUGGUUAGAGAUUGUCCUGAUUGUCCCAUGUAGAGUACAGAAUGGCAUUGUUGGCAAAUACAGAAAAGUAUUUUAUAUAUUUUAAAAAUGAAAAUAAAGCAUAGGUUUAAAAUCUGCUUGACAGUAUAUCUUUCUAUUUCCUCAUAAAUUCCAGUCAACAUAACUAUGUUUUUAACUGAGUGUUCGGUGCCCAGGAUAUAACUGCCACAACAUUGGCACACAGUUGUAGUUUUUCUCUUGUUCUACAAUCUGUUUUUCCUUCAGCUUGUGUGUUUGAGGUUUCAAGAGACAGGGAGGGAAAACAGAUCACAGUUUAAUAAAGGAAGUUCAAAGUA